AUGGAGGCUCUUACGUGUUGUUUCAAGAAGGCUUGUGAGAUCGGUAUUGUCAAUGGGGUUCGUCUUCCAAACAACGGGCCGAUCCUUUCUCAUCUUAUUUUUGCGGACGAUGCGCUAAUUAUUGGGGAAUGGUCCAAGGACAAUGUUUCUAAUGAGGUGAGGAUCCUUAGAGGCUUCCACAUUUGUUCGGGGCUUCGUAUUGAACUCCAUAAGUCGUGUAUCUUUGGUGUUGGUGUUCCCGAUUCGGAGUUGAUCUCUUUGGCUUCGGUGAUCGGUUGUAAAUCGGAGUUUUUGCCUUUCAAGUAUCUUGGGUUACCGGUGGGAGCAAAUAUGAAUCGUAUAUCCAAUUGGAGAUCGAUGAUUGAGACUUUUGAGUCUAGGUUGGCGCUUUGGAAGGCUUCUGUUCUGUCGAUCGGAGGAAGAGUCACCCUUAUAAAAUCGGUUUUGCAAAGCCUUCCUAUCUACUAUUUCUCCCUGUAUAAAGUCCCGGUUGGAGUUGUUAACCACCUGGAGGCCAUCAUGAGGAAGUUUUUGUGGGGCGGUUCAGGAUCGGACAUAAAAAAUGAGUUGGGUUUCGUGGGAAUGUGUGGCGUCCCCGUUAGAUAG